AUGAGUGAAACUUGUCCGAAUCCUCCUCAUCCAGGUCCCCUUGGUGAAAAAUUAUCUGCCACGCACAGUGCGGUCGGUACUGCAGUUGACGUUGCUCAAAGCUUUGACCCUUUUAAGAAGAUACAUGAACACGUUUGUGCGUUUCACUUUUACAGUCAUGACAUGACACGACAGGUUGAAGCACAUCAUUACUGCAGCCACCUUAAUGACGAUUUUCGCCAAUGUGUUAUUUAUGACUCUCAUGAAGCUGAUGCUAAGUUGAUCGGUGUUGAAUACAUCAUUUCAGCUAAGCUUUUUCUAACACUUUCCGAAGAGGAAAAAAAAUAUUGGCAUUCUCACACUUAUGAGGUAAAAUCAGGAGUUUUAGUCUGUCCUUUCGGAUCUUUGGUUCCUAAGGCUGUCGCUGAUAAAGUAGAGGAAAAAGUGAUGGAAGACUUGAUUAACACGUAUGGCAAGACAUGGCAUUUUUGGCAAGUUGAUCGAGGUGAUCCUUUACCAUUCG